AUGCUAGACGAGAAUCUCCCCACCUUCUUUCUCAAAGCCUCGACGGACAAGAUCAAGCACCAUGAAUCCUACUACUUCACCCAACAUGGCUCCGAGCCCGACGCGCAGUAUGCCCUCCACCACGCCGACCCUGCCACCAACGAUGCGAGGAACACCUACGCCGUAGCCCUGUUCGACUCGCAUAGUCCAGAGAUUUUAUACGGAGAAGUACUCGCAAAGCCGGGCUGGGCACAUCCAACCCUCUCACAAGAGGAGAUACGCAGGAAUGGCGGCGUACCGCCCCCGCCGCAGCCCAUCUACCCGACCGAGUUCGCGAUACAACUAUACAGCCCCGACUCGCAGGUCAUCGUACGGCAACAGACAACCAAAUGGAGCAGCACGGUGAGCUGGGAGUUCAGCAUCCCCCAGGUCACCUUCAGAAUGCCGAGCAGCUCAGAUCUCGAUCGGACCCAGACCGAUCCUGGGGCAAGUAACAACACGCCGCGGGUCAACUUCGCGUGGAGGAAAGAGGGCAGGCUUGGCAAGGACAUGACGUGCUACAUGACGGGCAAGUCGACAGAUCCGACGGGAAAGAAGGCGAAAAAGAGCAAGGAGCCGGACAUCGCCGUUGCCUUAUUCUCCGGCCUGAGGGAGAUGACCAUCAUGGAACCCAAUCUUUACCGCAUCGAAAUCGAAGACUACAAGGGCUUGGAGGUGGCUUUACUGCUCGGCGCCGCCGUUAUACGAGACCUAUUCUUUAGCGAUCUAAACGAGCAGUUCCACAUCAACAGUACAGCCAUAAGGAAGAAUAGCGGGGGCUUGCGAGCCAGGAAGGGGUCGUCGCCAUUGGAAGGACCCAACAUUACACCGCCCGUCAUGACACCGCAGCCUCCCCCACCGCCAGCCUACACCGGCCCAUCGCAAUACCCGCCUGAGAAGGCGCCCCUGCAGCCUGCGAGAAGCGCUGCCGUCAACGCUCAAAUCCCACCAUCCUCGUAUACAAACAACCACGCCGCAAAACGCUUGUCUCUCCCGCCGCUUACGACCAACCAGCGUCGUCCAUAUCAACCUCAACCACAACUACAACGACCUGUACAACAGCAACAGCAACAGCAGCAGCAGCAGCAACCACCUCAGCAACAGCAACAGCCUCAGCAACCUCCGCGAUUAGACCCGCGAUCGCAGUGGGAGAUCGACGCCGAGACCGCGCGUCUGAAAGCCCAAGUCGAAGCCGAAGCACGCGAGCAGAAGCGACAAGCAGACGCUAGUCGGAAAACGCGCCGAAAGCAAGAAGAGGAAGCAGAGCGCAAGACCCUCCAAUUCCUUGAGCAAGAACGCAAGCAAAAGGAAAGAGAGGAAAAGGAACAGAGACGAAAACAAGCAGAAGUUGACAAGGAAACCGAACGUCUCCGGAAACAGUUCGGAAACCAAUCCAACCUCCUUCGACCCUCCCCACAACCCCAACGUCACUCAGCACCGCUUAUCCAGGGCCCUUGGCAGACACAACGACCCACCGCCCAGCAGGCUCCUAGACCUGCUCCCGUACCCGCGCAACCGGUUCAGAACCCGUACUUACAGGCCCCGUACCUGCAGGCUUCUGGUGGACAUCGGCCCAUGGCGAGUCAUAGCAGCUUCUUCAGCAAUGGACUACCGAAGCCGCAGCCUCAGCCUCAGCCUCAGCCUAAACCGAAGAAGAGCUUCUGGGGGCUAAGGACGCAGAGUGAGUCAAACUCAGAGAAGCUGAAGAAGAAAAAGAGUAGUAUGUUUUGA